GUCGGCAUCUCGUCUUAUCCCUGCACACAUUUUGUAACUGCGGUCAAGUGAGCCGCCAUUCGUUGAUCCGCGGUUAAACCAGCCGUCACACAAAAUCUUCGUGCGCCUUUACUCUAAACAGCCUUUGGGUGGUAUCUCGCAACGUUUUCAAAAUAAAACCCUUCACCUACGUGUGUAGACAUAUAGAACACUAGCUGUCUUACGGCGGCGUCUAGAAUGUCAGCACUUGCGGACAUCUUGCAAGUCAGCUGCUCACCCAUAACAUUGUGUUGGUAGUGGUAGUAUGUACUUUAUAAAUAACCAUAACUUGCUACAUUUUCAACCUUUUUCUAACCAAUGCUCUACCAAUACGCAGGCCUUUGCCGUCUCUCGUCUCGAGCUUCUCGCUCCCAACCAAUCACGUUCUUCUGGAGGUCACUAGUUCUUAAUUGAUUUCAGCUGCGUCUCCCCCGCCUCUCCUCAUAAAGCGCCCCCACCGUGACGGAUGUUAAUCGUUUUUUUUUGCAUUGGAUUGCGUGGGCUGAACAAUCCGGACAUCGUGGCCACCGACGUGGACCCCCCCGCCACCGGGAACCACGCACACCGACCACCACACUGGGAAGUGUCCUCUGCUCACUGUGGAAGCAGCAUGGAAGAACUGCAGCAACUCUGAUGGAAACGAGGACCUCCACGCUGUUGAACACAAACUGUUGUAGGCCUACUACAAACCGAGGCGGUCCCACUCGGUUAAAGAUCUCGUGGUCAAUGCGGCAGACCGCUGGACCUGGACGCCACCUUCUGCAGAUACUUCACUGCCCUCAGGAAUCCACGGAUAACUUGAAACAUGUCCGACUCCAGUCCACAUGUCGGAAAAAUCCAGGAUGGAAACUUAUGGAAGGAAGAAAGGGGUCUGUUUUUGCUCAACCCAUAACCCCACUGAGCCCUUCUGUGGAAACCUGUCUGACUGACCGUACUGACUGGGGGCCUGUUGUGUGUUUGGUUGGUCUGGUAGAAGGUUUGCUGCUUGUGAUAUGCAAGGUGGUCCUGGGUUAGAUGCGGUGUCUGACUUGCACACCACUCUCCCAAUUCUAUUCUGCUCUUUACUACUUUUCUACUUUCAAUACACUUGCUGCUGCUGCUGUUGACCGCCGGUCGUGCAAUGUGGUUUUUAUUCGCGUAUGUUCUGUGGACUUUGCAUUUGUAUUUUAAUAAACAUGUUUACUGCCUGUUAGACCUCGGAUUGGCAAACCUAAACUCCUUCACUGGCAAAAUGUAGAUGCAAAUUAAAUGACAAAAUUAACAUUUCAAUAUUCGUUUUGCGUAUUUCACCAAUAGCUUCGGAACUAGACGGACCUCGUAUAUAAUUUGCUCUUCAAAUAUGCGGUCAGGCGCCCCUCCGUUAUAUAACGUUUUCUGCCCUUUACGAAAUAGACCGACCAAUAGCAACCCUUUAGGCUAUCUAAUGUGAGGUUGGAUACACGCAACAUGUAGAGGUGUUUCAACAACAAAGAUGGAAGUUGGUGAACUAAAGACUGUAUAUGCUCACUAAAAGAACGAACGACUACUAGCCUACUCAAAGAUUUUGAGGAAUAUGUAUUUCUGCAUCACCCGUUCCAAUGCUAUGAUUAGUCGAGGCCUAUCCAAUAGCAUAGCAUCGGACCAUUUUAGAUUGCGCCCGUUGGUAAUUGAACAACGCACUUCAACGCAGAGGAUCCAGAAGAAUUUCACAACGAGUCCAUUGGAAGAUAUCGAGGAACAUGAACAUCACCAUUGAAGGAGAGUAACGUUUCCACUUGCUAUAGGAAUUUAGUGAAGCACUAAAUAGUUAAUAAUAAUAAUAAUGAUAAAAUGUGGUCACCAUUUAUUGACUUUUUGGGUAAGACUUGCUUUACUAAUAUAACCGCGUUAAAACCGCAUUCAUUUACUUUUCUUGUGUAGUUUCCCACUAUUCAUUAAAUGUUAUAGAAGUAAAAAAGUAAUCAAUGGAACGAUACACAUUUGUACAACAAUUAAUCAUUAUACAGGAUUUGAACAUUUUCUAUUCAAGCUCAUGCUUCAUAAUAUUUCCAAGGAUUGCAGAGUACCAAAUGAUUUAUGAACAGUUGUUUUUGUUCAGGAGCGGAUUGUACACCCAGAGGCUUCAACAGAGCGGGUCUGGAGCUGCAGGUGGAUGGUGGCCAGGAGCCGUUCAGUCCUACAGGAACAGACGGUAGAGGUGUUGGAGGCGGUCGUCUUGAGGUGCUCGUCUGGAGGUCCGUGGCGGUCGUCUGGAGGUGCUCGCCGUGAGGUCCAUGGCGGCCGUCUGGAGGCGCUCGCUGCAGGUGGAGGGAAGGCCGGGAGCCGUGCAGCCCAACGGAUGCAGAACGAAGGACUGAGGCGGAGGCCAGCCUGGAGGCGGAGGCCAGCCUGGAGGCGGAGGCCAGCCUGGAGGCGGAGGCCAGCCUGGAGGCGGAGGCCAGCCUGGAGGCGGAGGCCAGCCUGGAGGUCCUGGAGGCGUCCAACCUGGAAGGGGCGUUAUGGAGGGCCAGGUGGCGGCUCCUCAUCCAAAGGGCCUGGAGACGGCCAACCUGGCGGUCAGCCUGGAAGUCCCGGCGGCGAUCGUCCUGGAGCGCCCGGCGGCGGUCGUCCUGGAGGACCCGGCGGCAGUAGAAUUAAAACUUUCAUAAUAUUUCCAAAGAUUGCAGAGUACCAAAUGAUUUAUGAACAGUUGUUUUUGUUCAGGAGCGGAUUGUACACCCAGAGGCUUCAACAGAGCGGGUCUGGAGCUGGGAGCUGCAGGUGGAUGUUGGCCAGGAGCCGUUCAGUCCUACAGGAACAGACGGUAGAGGUGAUGGAGGCGGUCGUCUGGAGGUGCUCGUCUGGAGGUCCGUGGCGGUCGUCUGGAGGUGCUCGCCGUGAGGUCCAUGGCGACCGUCUGGAGGCGCUCGCUGCAGGUGGAGGGAAGGCCGGGAGCCGUGCAGCCCAACGGAUGCAGAACGAAGGACUGAGGCGGAGGCCAGCCUGGAGGCGGCGGUGGCCUGGAGGUCCUGGAGGCGUCCAACCUGGAAGGGGCGGCAUGGAGGGCCAGGUGGCGGCUCCUCAUCCAAAGGGCCUGGAGGCGGCCAACCUGGCGGUCAGCCUGGAGGUCCCGGCGGCGGUCGUCCUGGAGGGCCCGGCGGCGGUCGUCCUGGAGGGCCCGGCGGCGGCGGCGGCUCCACAUCAAAAGAAAUGAGGCGACGUUGCGGAGGUCCAGGCGGUUGGCCCGGUGGAGGUCCUGGAGGAGACGGUCCCGGCGGUGGAGGACGGCUGGGGGAUCCGGCGGUGGAGGACCGAAGGCGGCUCGUGAUUAGACCAACCAGCUCCUCAUCCAUGGAAGGAUUGAAGGAGUCACUGGGGAUGAAGAUCACUGCUCAGGGGCUGACGACCACUCAUCUUUCCGGAGAAGCGUCCUCAUGGUGCAGGCGGUCAAACCUCCACCUCUUUGAAGAGACCAAGCAGCUUGAUGACUGACUGGUUCUUUAUACUCAAGACCUCGUCCCGGAGCAGAGGACGGACCUAAGGCCCGCAGCGCAGCCGACUAGAGACUCCAUGUGGAACCGGUUCAAUUAAGUUGACCACUCCUUCAGGCGACUUAAAGGGAGACCAGAUGUGCGGCAGCUGGGUGUCAUGGUGCAGAGACCCAACGCUGUACUGAACUACACCAGUGUGCCGUACUCCCAUAAACCCUGAGGAUCCCUGGAUGGCUACACCAGCACAUUAAUCCACACCCAACAUCAACACACAGUGCACUCUAUAGAGAUCGUAAGUCCGCCCCUUGCGGCGGGACCUUGUGAGAUCGUAAGAUAUGACUGGGUUUCAAUGGAGAGAAAGUAAUAAUUUUCUCCAUUUUAUGUUGCACCACAUUUUGGGGGAAGAAUGUUUGAAUCAAUCUUUGUCAUUUAUUUCUGUACUCCAUAUCUGUAAUCCCAGCUGUUGUAUUUUAACACGGUAGCUGGGAACCCUCUUUAUAGGGAGCGACUAGAGGGACGAGGCUGGAAGCAAACCUGAGCCUGGAUCUUAACCUUCUUUCUAAACCUAAUGCCAAAAUGUAACCGCAAAUAAAGUGAGGCCUAAAGUAACUUGACUCUCUAACCUAAACUUGCUUGCCUAAACUCGCUUGUCUAAACUCGCUUGCAUAAAACCUAAACUCGCUUGCAUAAAACCUGACCUUGCUUGGCUAAACUCGCGUCGCUUGCAUAAAACCUAAACUCGCUUGCAUAAAACCUGAACUUGCUUGGCUAAACUCGCGUCGCUUGCCUAAUACCUGAACUCGCUUGCCUCAACUCGCUUGCCUCAACUCGCUUGCCUCAACUCGCUUGCCUCAACUCGCUUGCCUCAACUCGCUUGCCUCAACUCGCUUGCCUCAACUCGCUUGCCUCAACUCGCUUGCCUAAAACCUAAACUCGCUUGCCUAAAACCUAAACUCGCUUGCCUAAAACCUAAACUCGCUUGCCUAAAACCUAAACUCGCUUGCCUAAAACCUAAACUCGCUUGCCUGUACUCGCUUGCCUAAUACCUGAAGUCGCUUGCCUAAAACCUAAACUUGCUUGUCCAAACACGUUACACAAAGUUAACCAUCCAUAAUCUUUAACCCAAACCAGACUUGUCCCUGGGUCGCUCCACUUUAAUUUAGAAGUUUCUUCUUUUACCUCAACUGCGUUUUGAGUUUCAUUCUUUGAGGGCUUGAAGUGCUUUGGAGGAUAUUUGAACCUUUGUUUGCCGCAUCAAUAAACAUGCUUUAUCUUUACCCAUUUUGUUUUGGAUUGCAUUUCUAUGUGUAAUCCGGCCAAAUGUUCAGUGUCCUUACAUGUAAUGUCUAUGGUCUGAUGAUAAUCUGACCUCUUCAUGAAGCAGAAUGUGUGUGAAUGUUGUCCCGUGAGCUCCAGGCUCUCUGUGGGCCUGUCAACGUCUCUUUAGCAAAAGGUUGGAGAGUGAAAUAAAUUUUUGGGCCAUUUUCAUGUGUUCCUGAGUAUUUCAGACCUGUGGUGUUUCACAUGAGACCUUAAUGGGAACUUUUCUUUUUCUGCCUGCAUACGUAAUGCCUACAUUAGUAGGGUGAUCACUGUUGAUCCCAAUAUUGAUCAUUAACCACCUCAUUCUUUGGGAUUACAAAUCAUGUAAUUUAUGAGCAUAUUUGCAAAUGCCUCCAAAUAUCAGAUUGUGUAAAAACGAAUGAAAUGUAAC